AUGGGUCGUACAGUCGACCAGGAGGUGCACGCGGCGUUUGUCGAGUUCCGCGCCAAGGAAGAUGACAAGUGUCUCUCCGUUCAGUGUAUCUACUGUCAACAAAUUCGAGCAAAGAAUACCUCGCGACAGAAACAACAUCUCCUCGAAUGUCCCGGUCUGCGCGGCCACCCCAACGCGCCGCAGCCUUCUCAGCCCGCCCAGGCCGCCCCUAACGGAAUCGGUCCUCCCAAUGGCUACCCCGGAACUCCCAGUGGCCCAACAACCACUCCUGGUCCAGCUGGACCUAAUGCUAUCCCAACUCCCAAUGGCACCCUCAUGACCAAUGGUGUCAACCCUCAUGCUACUCCAUUGCAGGCCCCGCUGCAGGCCCUUCAGAAUCGCACCGCCAUGGCCACCCCGGUCCCACCUACUGGCGCUCCCUCUGCGCCGCCAAGCGCCGCGCCCUCGCGUCCGACUCCCAAGCCCAAGGCCAAGACUUCGAGUUCGAGCUUGCCCGCGCCUCCGCUGGACGAUGUGCACGCGGCUUUCGUUGAGUUCCGCGCAAAGGAGGAAGAUAAGUGUCUGUCUGUCCAAUGCAUUUACUGCCAGCAAGUUCGCGCGAAGAACACUAGUCGCCAGCGCCAACAUUUGCUGGAAUGUCCUACCUACCUGAGUGUUAUGAAAGAUUCAAUCCCCGCCAAUAACUUGCUUCACACAUUCCCCGAGGGUGAUGUCGCUCGUUCACUUCAGAUCCCGGCUCCGACGCUGGAGCUCGACUUCCGCAUGAGCAUCAAAAUGAACCCUAAGGUCUCCGUUGGUCCUGGUAUCUGGGGCCAGAGGGAGUGGGUCUCAUUCAUCGGAGGCCAAUGGGCUGGUCGAUGGGGCAAGGGAAUCGUUUUGCCUGGCGGUCAAGACACACAGAUCGUGACCAAAGAUUCCACUACCAACCUUCGUGCCAAUUAUAUUCUUCAGACCGUCGAUGAGCCACCGGCGUUUAUCAUCGUGCGCACAGAAGGAUGGCUAACCGGCGCCAAGGAUGUUCUUGAGAAGGUCAUUGAUGCUAACAUGGCCGAUGGGGUUAACCCCGGAAGCUACAAAUAUCGCGUCAACCUCUCCAUGGAGACUGGUGAUGAGCGAUACACAUUCUUGAACACCUUGAUGUGGAUUGGCAGCGGUUGCCGCCGAGGUCAUGAAGUGAUUUUCGACUCGUUCCGUGUCAACUAG